AUGGCGAUAUACACGUCUCGGCAGUGCCCAGUGACUGUCAUUUUACACCCCUCGGAGACAUGUUUGCAGUGGUCAAACGACGGGCAGUACACCACAGGAUGGUUCAGGGCGAUGGUCGUGCCGGCGCGUGGACAGACACAUGUUGCCGAGUAUAUGUCAAGUAAUCUCACGCCGAGGGGAAAAUGCGACAUAGCCGUGCUUAACUCAAAUGCAGAGAUAUCGCUUUGGGCGGCUGCUAAAAGCCACUUGAAUGGAGAAUGGACCAAUGUGAGAGCUGUGAUACAUGUUUUCCCUGGGAAACAGGGCAGGUUCAACAGAAACAGCGAAUUAGGAGGCUCCGUCUCGUGCAUCCAUACAGAAUCGUUGAGUGACCACUGGAUCACGCAUCUGAGCUGGUCACCUUGGGUUACUCACGGGGCUGGACAAGCCCAUCAUCAUGUAUACAAAACCCGGCCUUGUGCACCUGUGGUCCGGCCCAGUUCCGAAGCCACCUGGUACUGCACCCGCGUACUCCUCCUCGAAACCCAAAAACUCUCCGUCGACCCUCCGCCAUAA